AUGGCUCCAAACCCGUCGCCCUCGACGAACCCACUCACGAAGGAUCUGAAACCAAAACCCCGCGUCAAGGCCAGCGACCUUGGGUUCAAUGCGCCAGACUACAUCCUCGACGAUGUAAUCCCGAUCUCAGACCCCAAGCUGUUCUACUCCAACGUCUACGCCCAGCGUGACCGGCGGCUUCGCCUUUUGAUUCGGCGCUAUACGAACCAGAUCCAGUACGGUUGCAGAAACGUCAACUGUACCACCCCCACCUGUCUGAGCUACAGGAAGAGGAACAGCACGGGGCCUCUGAGAAAAUAUACUGAACUGAGUGCGAGGACGCUGGCAUGUCAGUUGGUGGACGAAUACAGUCGAAAUGGCAAGGAUUCGUUCGCCGGACUCUGCCAGAACGAGCCCGUUGUGCCGUGGUACGAGGAUCCGGCCCUCGUUAGAAAAAGAAGGAAUAGUCAUGAGAAGGCUGGACACCUGCGACAAGAAAAUGGCCACCUCUCAAAGCCUCCGAGCGUUGCCAUGCGUACCAAGGACUCGUCCAAGGCCAUCCCGACAGCGGAGCACGCGCCGCGAAGAACAAGUCAGGAUGGUGUGGUUCAGGCGGGCAGACGCCUGCGAGAAAUAGAUACAAACGCUGCCGAUGACGUGGUUGACGUGUUGAACCGUACUAUUACCCAAAGCAAUAUGGGGAGAGGGCACAUCGGUGAAGACGAUCUAAAGGAUAACCCAGAACAACCUGCGCCGGCUCCUGCAAGACAGAAAGAUCUCGCUUCGUUUACACAGACACUGUUUGAUCUGGUGCCGCUGCGGCUUCUCAACUGGUUGCCAGCAAAGAACGAUGCCCGCACGACCAAUGUUUCGGGAUCAGUCGAGCCCUAUGGCGAUCGCAAACAAGCUGCUGUCGAUGCCAUGCCGGAAGAACUCGCUACAUCUGUUGAAAGUACAAAGAUAACAUCGGAGGGAGAGACAGAAGAUCAAGGAUGCGAGUCGCAAGAACCACCUCACCAACGGGUGUACAGCCUCCGAACACUUACCUGGAUCACUCUACCCUGGCUGAAGUCUGUUGGUCCCGCCGAUGCCAACUAUCAACGCAGAUUCGUUCCCUUUAUAAAGCAGAGCCUUGUCUAUUGCCUCAGUGACCCUGUGAGGCUGGUGGACACGGUUAAGGAUCUUCAAGUUACUUAUUGGAAUGGACUUAGGAAUUCAUCCGAGCAGAGUGGUGCGGGUUCAGAAAACAGAGCUCAAGUCCAUCGCAUAACACCGUGGCCCAUCAUUUCCACCAGUACGAGAUAUGAUAUGCAAGCGCUCUUGUUCAGCUUUGCUUAUAUUGAGAAAUUCGAGGAACGCGAUCUGGUCAUGAACAGCAUAUUGAAUGCGCUGCAGAACGCGUACUACCUGCCGCCAUGGCUGCAAAGCAGACGUUCUACAAAACACAGUCGAUCAGGCAGCGCGAGUUCCGAGUCGGCAUUGUUCAAGGGACGCCAAUCCUCGGACGGCAACAGCUCUCGGAAUUCACCAUCGCCGGAUUCUGAGGAGCUCGAUAUCCUCUUAGAGGUCGAAAAACCGUUGAUUCCGCUCAAAGACUCUCAGAUAACCGACUUAUGCUUUGUGGCACUGUUAUCGCUAGCGACCACUAUCUUUCAUGUUCCUAAUGCUUCACUUUUCACUGGGAAAGACCAAUUUGUCCAGUUCGCGAGGGAGAGAAACAACGGGCGUGCGCAUUCGUAUUGGGAUGGCUUCAGAGGACGAGAUCUAUUGCUCGCGCGCGAGAUUAUCGGCAUCAUCGAUGUUACCGAAGACUGGGCUGUCCAUCGGCUGCUCACUGCUUUCAUGAACGUUCUCAGCCACCGAUUGACCGUGGGCAAGUGGGCGGCAACUCUAAAGAGCCCAGGCAUGCCCAAGUCGAGCAAGACCACCAUUGUUGAGUCGCUCAUUGAUCGCUUUGACCGAGACUACCUGAAUGGGUGGGACCGUUAUGACAAGAACUGCAGUUGGAUCGGAACCGCUGCUCUGGAACUGGGAAGGACGGUCAUGCUCAGGGAUUGGGAUCGUUCUCCCGUUAUCCUCCGUGCAGGCCCGGUGGGUGGUGCUCUGGAAUUUUUGGCUGGAUUGUACCGUGCUCGACAUCAGCUGAACUUGGAUGCCGAUUGGUUUCAUAUGCCCUUCAUCGCCGACACUUUCGACGACAUGUCCAUGCCCGCAGAAUGGCUGUCCUUUCGCCCAGACUCUCGACAAAUGCAUCUGCUAUCUUUCUCCUUCCUCUUCCAACCACAUGUUCUGGUCAAGUAUUUCAGGGCAAUGAACAUUGCGGUUAUGAAGAAGUCGCAUGAGGAUGCCACCAUUGUAUACAAUGACAUUAGGCAAUAUAUGUGGGCACCCGCCAUCCCCAUCUACGGCGCAAAGGAAGUGCUGGCUCAUCUGCGGCCUCAUAUGGCCAGGUACUUUGUGCUCACGAUCCGGAGAAAUGACAUCUUGAAUGAUGCAAUCGACCAGAUAUGGCGACGCCAACGCAGAGAGCUGAUGCGGCCAUUGCGCGUCCGCCUCGGUAAGGACGAGGGUGAGGAUGGCCUUGAUCAUGGCGGAGUCCAGCAAGAAUUCUUCAGAGCUGUUUUUGGAGAGGCGCUACGACCAGAGUAUUCCAUGUUCACGGUUGACAGUACGACAAGGAUGGCUUGGUUCCAGCCAGGUUCCUUCGAACCCCUCUACAGAUUUGAGGCUUUGGGUAUCUUGAUGUCCAUUGCCAUCUACAACGGACUCACUCUUCCGAUCACUAUGCCGUUGGCUUUCUACAGGAAACUCUUGGGGCUCAAGGUGAAGAAGCUCGACCACAUCGUUGACGGCUGGCCCGAAUUGGCGAGAGGUUUGAAGGCACUCUUGGAUUGGUCAGACGGGGACGUUGGCGACGUGAUUGCCAGGACUUAUGAAUUCAGCUACGAGCUCUGUGGAACGACAGUCACGGUGGAUAUGCAGAAGAUUGGGCGCCAUGACCGUUGGCCACCAACAAAGUCGCAAAUGAGCAAGAAGGGGAAAGAAAAGUCCAAAUCGACCUCUUUCGAGUUGCCGUUAGAGCCAGCGCUAACUCCGCCCCCUCAGCCGUCACCCAGCCUCGGUGCCAGCCUACCGAAUGGUUCAAUAUUGAGUCGGACAUCUUCUAUCGAAGUUAAGGGCAUAUCCACGCCCUUGAGCAUUGACAGUGACAUGCUGGAGAAUUCUGGACAAGAGGCUGCAUUGGUCACGAACGCGAACCGCGAACAAUAUGUUAAAGACUAUAUCUUGUGGCUGACGCACAAGUCCAUCGAACCACAAUACGAAGCCUUUGCUAGGGGUUUCUACACCUGCCUCGAUCGAACGGCCUUGUCUAUCUUCAAUCCUGAAUCCCUGAAGUCCCUCAUCGAAGGAUAUCCCGACAUUGACAUUGACGAGCUCCAAAUGACAACCACCUACGACGAGUAUACACCCGACCAUCCGACAAUCCUCGACUUUUGGCACAUUGUCCGUAGCAUGAGCACCCAUCAACACAGGCAGCUCCUGGAAUUCGUGACCGCGAGUGAUCGAGUCCCAGUCAAUGGUAUGCAGAGCGUGACGUUCAUCGUACAGAAGAAUGGCGAGGAGGACGCUCGACUACCAAGCAGCAGCACGUGCUACGGCCGGCUGCUGUUGCCUCAGUACUCGAGCCGGGCCGUGAUGGAGGAGAAACUGACCAAGGCGAUUGAGAACUGUGUCGGUUUCGGAACCUUGUGA